UGAUCAUGUAACGGUGCAUCAUCAUACAUUUUUUUUUUUAUUAAAAAAGAUUAUUCGAAAAGAUUAAAGAUAUUUAAUUAAUUUUAAUAAUGAAUUUUGCGAUUGCUUCUAGGAUACUUGCUAGAAGGUAUCUGAAUACUAGUUCUGUAUUGAAAACUAGUACAUCAUUUAUAAAAGGUGUAAAAAUACCUUUUCCUGUUGCGUUAACGAAAAGACCUUUUCAUGCCAGUGCUUUUACUACUUCCGAUCAAUUAUUUCUGCACCGAGAUACAUCGGAAAAUAACUUGUCGAUUCCAUUCGAAUUUACAGAAGAUAGUUUAAAAAGAGCGAAAGAUAUUAUAUCACGUUAUCCACCACAAUAUAAAAAAGCUGCUGUUAUACCUUUAUUAGAUUUAGGUCAACGUCAAUUAGGUUGGACGAGUAUCUCUGUUAUGAAUGCUGUAGCUAAAUUAUUAGAAAUGCCUCCUAUGCGUGUUUAUGAAGUUGCCACUUUUUAUACUAUGUUUAAUCGAAGUCCAGUCGGAAAAUAUUUUUUACAACUUUGUACAACGACACCAUGUCAAUUAUGUGGGUCAACAGAAAUUUUAGAAACAAUUAAAAAUCAUUUAAAAAUUAAACCGGGCGAAACAACUCCCGACAAAUUAUUUACUUUAGUAGAAGUUGAAUGUGCUGGUGCCUGUGUUAAUGCUCCCGUAUUGACUAUUAACGAUGAUUAUUAUGAGGAUUUAACACCAGAUACAACUAUAAGAAUAUUAGAAUCAUUAAAACAAGGUGAAAUACCAAAACAUGGACCACAGUCUGGUCGUAUUACUUGUGAACCUAAAUCUGGUCUUACUACCUUAACAAGUAAACCAUAUGGCCCUGGUGAAUUUGUUAGAUCUGAUUUGUAAAUUAAUUAAACUGUAUAUAAAAAUUUUAUUUAAAUAUAUAUCUUAAAAUAUCUCUAAUAUGAAAAUUACAAUUUUUCUAUAAUGAAAUAUUCUAAUAAUAAUAAUUCCUUGGUAUGAUAUGCAUAUUUUAUAAAAAAAAU